AUGGAGAAAAACAAUAAGACUGUCACCACAGAUUUUAUUCUUUUGGGACUCUGGCCUGAGUUCAGCCACCUUGUGAUCCUUAUCUUCCUCAUUCUUCUGGUCUAUCUUAUGGCUGUGAUAGGCAAUGCUGUUCUCAUUCUCCUCAUCUGGCUGGAUUCUCGACUCCACUGUCCUAUGUACUUACUGCUCAGUCAGCUUUCCCUUAUUGAUGUGGCUCUGAUCUCAACUACUGUCCCCAAAAUGGCCACAAAUUUCUUCUCAGGGAAAAGAACCAUAUCACAGAUUGGUUGUGGAUCCCAGAUCUUAUUCAGCUUAACCUUGGGAAUUUCUGAGUGCCUUCUGCUUACCCUCAUGUCCUAUGACCGCUAUAUUGCCAUCUGCAAUCCACUGCGUUAUUCAGUCAUGAUGAGCCAUACCAUUUGUAAACAGAUGGUCAUUGGGUCCUGGGUCGGAGGGGCAAUAACUUCACUGGUUCAUACAGCCUAUGUCAUGCACUUACCCAUCUGUCAUCCUCGAGAGAUCCCACACUUCUUGUGUGAGGUCAUGGCACUCCUGAAGCUCACUUGUGAGGACAUUUCAGCCUAUGUAAAUUCAGUGGUGGUCUCAAGCUUUCUGGUGGUCCUCAUCCCUCUGAGUCUUAUCCUGGCUUCCUAUAUCCGUAUAUUCCUUGCUGUUGUCCACAUGAAUUCCCCUGAAGGCAAGAACAAGGCCUUGGCCACAUGUUUCUCCCAUCUCUGUGUGGUCAGCCUCUACUUUGGUCCUGCUGUAUUAGUCUACAUGAGGCCAGGAUCCUUUAAGACCCCCAAAAUAAACCAGUCCCUCUUUAUGUUUAAUGCCAUUCUUACCCCUAUGCUUAACCCUCUCAUCUAUAGCCUGAGAAACAAGGAUGUAAUAGCAGCUAUGAAGAGUAUAGUCAUUAGUAGAUGUUUCCUGAAAAAGGUGAAAAACCACCGAGCUUGCUACACCUAA